AUGGCCGUCAACCUCCCAUUCUUGCGGGGGCGCGGACUGCCAUUGCCUCGACGAGUCCUGCUCGUCCUCGGCGUCUCGACAGCCGUCUUCCUUGUCCUGAGCCUUGUUGCGCCGAGGACGCUGCCCCCAGUGCUGACGCCGCACAUUACGCACCACGAGCCCGACUCGUCGUUAUGGAGUGCCAGCAAAUGGCUCCCACCCAUCUUCCAGGACGUACCCGAUAGGCCAAGUGCGUUCGACGAGAACGGCCAAUGUCGCUUCCUGUCGCCAUUUGCGGCCCUCAGUGCGCGCGAGCGGGAAGCGGUCGAGGAGCUCGUGCUCGAGGAAGAGUCUGCAGGCAUUGUUCGCGGUCCCGCCCAGGAGGCCAACAGUAGCCGUAUCAACCCCAUCCUCGGCCUGCUCUACCAGGGCGAGCGCAAGUGGACCACGCUCGUCGAGUCGCAGAGCAAGACACUCGAGCAGGCUGUCCACAAGUACGAGGCCAAAUGGGGACGUCCACCACCCAAGGGAUUUGAUGACUGGUGGCUCUUCGCCCAGGAUCACGAUGCGCUGCUGAUUGACGAGUUUGAUGCCAUCAUGGAGUCCCUGCUUCCUUACUACGGCAUGUCUCUGCCGCUCCUCAAGACGCGCCGCGAAGAGGCCGAGGGUAUCGCCGAGACAUUUACGCUCAUCGUACACGACGGCAAGGUCGAGCUGCAGUGGAACGACAACUACAGCCGUGACAGGUGGUGGGCGUCGCGUCCCCGUGCCGACGCACAGAUCAACUUGAUGGAGCCGUUCAUCGGCCUCCUGCCGUCGUUCCGGGCCACGUUUUCAAUCCAUGACCAGCCAAGCAUUUUGCUCGACUACAAGCGCCAAGACGCACUGGUGAAUGCCGCCUUGGCGCACAAGGUCGUCACUGGACCUGAGGAGGUUGAUCGCUUUGAGCAGAACUGGCAAGCUGCAUGCUCGCCCACCUCUCCCCUCAACCGUGGAAUGGAGGAGCCCCCGGCGGCCGACACGUUCAUUUCCCGCCACCUCGACACCAUGAACCCAUGUGACCACCCGUCGCUUAUGGAGAACCACGGCAUGUUGCUCGAAAAGCACACAAAGGAUACACAGCCCAAGCCUCACACCAAGCUGUACCCUAUCCUUGUGCCCUCCAAGACGAUCCUGAACGGCGACAUCCCCAUCACGCCAGUGGGUAGGGACGGCCGUCGCGACGAUGUUGGCCUGGACCCGGCAUGGAAGGACAAGAGCGGCAAGGUCUACUGGCGUGGACGCGCUACUGGUCUGCAGCACAACAAGGGCAACGGUGCCAAGUGGCGCCAGUCUCAUCGCGAGCGCCUGCACUGGCUUGCCAACGACAAGACAGGCAAGGUGCAAGAGGUGCUGUCGCCGCUCGAUGCGUCUGGCCACGCCGCGAUGACGCGCUACUCGCUCCGCGAUCUUGGUCAAUACUACAUGGACGCCAAACUCAUUCCGGGCCCGUGGCAGUGCGACCAGGGCGACGGCACCUGCGACGAGAUGGCGGCCGAGAUUGACUUUGCGGGUGAGGCACCCAUGGAGGAGGCCAACCAGUUCAAGUACAUUCUUGACGUGGACGGCAACGCGUGGAGCUCGCGCUUCCCGCGUCUCAUGGCGAGCCUCAACGUGAUCAUCAAGGCCACCCUCUUCCCCGAGUGGAACUCGCACCACCUCCCCGAAUGGUUUGCCUACGUCCCUACAAAGGUCGACUACUCGGACCUGUACUCUAUCCUCGCCUUCUUCCGUGGUACUCCGUCAGGCAAGGGCUCGCACGACGAGGUUGCCAGGCGUAUCGCUCUCAACGGCCAGUGCUGGGUGGAGCGCACUUGGCGCCGUGAGGACCUGCAGAUCUACAUGUUCCGCCUGUACCUCGAGUACGCGCGUCUCAUGUCCCCUGACCGCGACACUGGCAAAAUGGACUUUGUGCUGCAGGACUACCACCGCGACCCCAAGGUUGAGCUGCCAAAGCUCGAGCUUGGCAAUGAUGCCGACGACGCGGACGGUGUCAAGAAGAUGGAGGCGUUCCCCGGCAUCGAGUCUUGA